CCGGUUUUCUCUCUCCUAUGCCGUUUUUGGCGGUGGGAAAAGAGAAGAGAGUUUACAGUCAUGGAGUCGAGUCGGAGGCUCUCGUCUAUGGCUCAUGUUGGCGUUGGCUAUGGCUUUGGCGUGCUCUCUCGGAUUCCUCGUGAUUUCCUUUAGCGAGUGUUGGUUUGUUCUCUCUUUCUUCAUUCACUUUCCCCAACGCUAAAACCAUCCCAAAUCCCUCUGUUUUGUUUUCUCUUUCGUCUUUUUUCAUUCGAUCCUUAGCUCUGUUGUUUCCGUUUUCGUAUUCCUCUGUUCGGUGUCUCGGAGACGUCGGUUUCGGAGGCUUGGAUCAUCCCCGACGUUACGGUGGAGUGAGUUGUUCUCGUUACAUCGUUUCGCUGGAAAUUUAUGACUUUUGAUGUUUCAUCUCAAAGUUCUUGGAAGAAAUAUGCUGGUUGAUGGCAGCUCAGCAAAUGAGUAUGGUUGAAGACAGCUUCGGAGGACAUCUGGCACAACGUUUGGUAUCUGCAUUGUGUCUUAGAAAUAGUUCCUUAGAAUUGGGUUAGCAGUUACCAUCAUGGCCACAUCUUCUCGCUUCCUCUAGUGUUAUUCCCAAAAGAUGACUACAUUAGCUAGUACUUCCAAAAUUGUUGAAUCAACGGAAGAAUUUGAUUCUGAGAAAGCUAGGACAAGUUACACGAUAGAUGUAGGAAAAAGGUUUUCAAUAGAGGAUGACAUUAAUCGUCUGUUUCAGGCAAUUGAUAUCAGAACGUUACGUAACAGGUCAGGUCAGCAACAUGGAGUUGAUAAAGAUGCGUUGCAAAAGAGUGCGAUGAAGCGACCAAUGAGAGUGGGUUCAUCUCACAUGGCAGGGAUUGGAAUUUCUGAGCCUGCAAGCUUAAAGCAGGCUUUGAGGGGCUUAUGCAUAUCUCAGGCUGCAGAAAUGGCUGCUGCAAAGAGGUUAACGAGGUCUUUAGGUUCACCUGGAAUCUCUGAAGCAGGAACUAUCAAAAGGUUGUAUAAGGCUGUGGUGGUUGAGGCCAAUGGAUCUGAUGUGCGAAUAAAUGAAAGCAAAGAAAAUUUGGUAGAAAUUUCCUUCGUUUCAGAAAUUAUGUCUACUUUUCAGAAUAAGAUGCCUGAAUUGUUGCAUAAAACUGAGGCAGAUAUAUCAAACCAGGGUGCUGAGUUUUCACUUUUUAAGAACAGUGGGGUAUCAGAAGAGGCAGAUGUGGAUAGAUUGAUGUCAAAGGAUCUUAUAGAAGUGACAAGUAUAAAGCCACUUAAAUCUCCUUCCUUCACUCCUUCUGGUGAGAAGGAUCCGACUCUGAACAGCUUGGAUAAUUCCUCAACUGAAGAUUUGGCAAAAAAUUCAGUGCCAGAGGAGAAAGGUACAAUGCGUUGUUUAUCCUCUCUAUCAAGCUCUGGAUCUGUUAUUUGGCCGAACAAAUCAGCUUUCAAUAAUACACGUUUCAUCAAACCUAUUUUCAGGACCAAAAACUCUGUCAAGAAGAAAGCAAAACUUGAACCCAUUUCCUCCCCUAGUGCGUUUGAAAUGCGUACAGUGAUGGUUGACACUGAUUUGGGUUCCAUAUCCGAAAAGUUUGAGAACCGAAUGCCAGAAAAUGCCCAGAAUCAUGAGAGUAAAGAAAAAGAGAUAGGUUCCUCUAUCUCUAGUAGCACAACUUUAGGUAUUGAAGUAAGUGCAAAUCUAGUAAACACAGAGUCCAGUGGACCUGGUACAUCUCUCAACUGCUGUAACAGGAUCAGGCCAACUAUUAUGCCAUUCGAUGAGAGAUCCAGAUCAAGAGAGAAAGGGAUGUUCUCUCAGAGCUCUAAAAGUAGUAGUAUUGGUGAAUGUAGCCAUAGCCCAAGCAUCAGUGGGGAAAGCAUUCUCAGUGGAUCAAGUUGUAGUGGAGUAAGGCCUCACAUGUCAAAGGACUUGAAAUGGGAAGCUAUCCACCACAUUCAGGGUCAAUAUAAAUGCCUAAGUCUGAAAAACUUCAAUCUGUUAAGGAGACUUGGUCUCGGGGACAUUGGGACUGUAUAUCUCUCUGAGCUAUGCAAUUCCAGCUGUCUAUUUGCUAUCAAAGUGAUGGACAAAGAGUUCUUGGCAAGCAGAAAAAAAAUACUUCGGGCACAAACUGAGAGAGAGAUACUGGAAAUACUUGACCAUCCAUUUCUCCCUACACUAUAUGCUCAUUUUGAGACGGAUGAGCAAUCAUGCUUGGUCAUGGACUACUGUCCUGGUGGAGAUCUCCAUGUGCUGCAACAAAAGCAACCAUGCAAGAGUUUCUCUGAGCAUGCAGUCAGGUUCUAUGUUGCCGAGAUUCUUCUUGCCCUGGAGUACUUACACAUGCAAGGCGUUAUUUACCGAGACCUGAAACCCAAAAAUGUUCUGGUCCGAGAAGAUGGGCACAUAAUGCUCACAGAUUUUGAUUUGUCUCUUAGAUGUGCUGUUAAUCCAAUGCUGCUUCAAUCAUCAUCUCCAGUUGUGGAAUCCACCAAGAGGAAGUUGAAUCCCUGUGAUGAAUCUAGUUGCAUUGACCCUUUCUGCCUCCACCCAUCCUGGCAGGUCUCAUGCUUCACCCCCAAAGUUUUAUCUGCUCCAUACAAAUCUCGGAGAACAAAAGCAGACAAUCAGGCUAGUCUAUUACCACAGCUUAUUGUCGAGCCAACUGGUGUGCGGUCCAAUUCAUUCGUAGGAACCCACGAAUACCUCGCUUCUGAGAUUGUUAAGGGUGAUGGCCAUGGGAGUGCUGUUGAUUGGUGGACUUACGGGAUUUUCCUGUUUGAGCUACUUUAUGGUAAGACUCCCUUCAAAGGUUCAGGAAAUGAGGACACAUUAGCGAACAUAGUAUCCCACACCCUCAAGUUCCCUGAUAGCCCCAUAGUUAGCUUUCAUGCAAGAGAUCUAAUCAGAUGUCUGUUGGCGAAGGAGCCUGAAAACCGAUUAGGCGCAACAAAAGGAGCUAUUGAGAUAAAGCAGCAUCCAUUUUUUGAAGGCAUCAAUUGGGCUCUGAUACGUUGUGCAGUUCCACCUGAGCUUCCCAAGUUCUUCAACGAUGGAACUGGUGCAGUGCCAGUGGAUCCCGGGGAGAACACAAAGUGUAGAGAUCUCGAGAAUAUGGAAGCGGAUGCAGCAAUCUUCGACCUGUUUUAGCUUACACUUUCUGACUAGGGAACAUCCAUAUUUUUGUUUCUAAGCUCUCAUCCUUGUUAUAGCUUAUAAUGUAACCAUGCUAGUGAAAGGAAAACUAUAUGUUGUGAAGGAAAAACACCAUCCUUUUCUCCCUCCCACAAGAUAAAUAGACAACAGAUAUGGAUUAACUUUUA